CAAGCCUCCAUCCGACCGAUACCUCCUCACCUGUAGGCGUCGUCGGGGAAAGGCUACACCGCCGCUGAUAUGGCAGGAUCAAUGGUGCUAAUAUGGCGCUGGAAUGGCGGUGAGAUGGCGGUGACACUGCUGCCUUUGCCGAUGGAAGUACUAGCAGACGUUGGCACGAUUGCCGAUCGGGGGACCGCCCGCGGGUGCCGAUGGGAGGUUGGUUGCAAGAUGGUGAAACGGUUGUCGGCGACGAAUGGGCGAAGGACUCAAGAAGAAUGACGGAGAGAAUAGUCUUAGAUUCAAACCAGCCAAUAAAAAAGCUUUAAGAAACUCCUUAAGCUUAUAGGCUUAAGGACUGAAUCUGACCUGUUCAUUCAUCACCC